AAUUGCCCUAUUGAAUGGUAUCAUCUCGACUGCGUCGGGCUCAAAGCUGUACCAGAGGGCAGGUGGUUUUGUGAUACUUGCAGAGGAAAUACAAGCCAAACUAAAAAAAGGAAAAGAGGCCGACCAGCUGGAUCGUGA